AAAUUGGUCAUUUUCUUUUAAGAAUGAAAUUCCAGAAGGCUUGUCUCUCUAGAAUUUCUUCUCUCUCAUUUCAAACUCUUAUUUUCCAGAUCCAAUACGCCGGGCCUUCGAAUCCUUUAUAAAUAUAUAGGCCCAAAAGUUUAGCCCGUUCCAUUUUCCCCUCCAAAUAAAUGGAAUUGAGAAAAUUACUGAAAAUGACACAAAAACGGAAAUAAGUAAAUAAAUAAUAGAAAUGACGCCAUCGAGCGAAUAGUAAAUCGUUACUUCCCUUUGAAGAUCAAAAGAUCAGAAUACAAAAUACCCAAAAUUUGGAGUUCGAUUUAAUCAGUUUUGGAUUUAGAAUUUCUGGGCAAAGAGAAAGAUAAAGUCGGGCAAAGAUUAUUCGAAUCGAAAGGUUUCAAAUUUUGGGUUUUCUUUGAUUUUGUCUUCCUGCAUUUGGCAAAAUGGUUUCCUUCGAGAUGAACGAUAUUAAAAAGAUUGGGCUGGGAUUGACGGGAUUCGGAGUUUUCUUCUCGUUUUUGGGGAUCAUCUUCUUCUUUGACAAGGGGUUAAUCGCAAUGGGAAACAUUCUCUUCGUCUCUGGGGUGACAUUGACUAUUGGAUUGAAGUCAUCUUUGCAAUUCUUCAUGAAACGGACUAACUAUAAGGGUACGGCUGCGUUCGGUGCUGGGUUUUUCUUUGUAAUCAUUGGGUGGCCCAUACUUGGAAUGAUUUUGGAGGCUUAUGGGUUUGUGGUGCUCUUCAGUGGUUUUUGGCCUACUCUGGCAGUUUUCAUGCAGAAGAUACCUAUUCUAGGAUGGGUGUUUCAGCAGCCAUAUAUCAGAUCGGUAAGUUUGAUUUGCCAACUAAAUAACGCCAGAAUUUGUGCCCAUGUAUCUGAUAUAUUACAAUUUGGUGAAUGAGAAUUGAAUGCAAUUUUGAGUCAAAUAUUUUGAAGGAGCUUCAGCAUAGUAGUGAGCCGUUGGUUUUUACUUUAAGUCACUGGUUAUAGUCUUAGGAACAGCCUCUGAUAGAAAUAUAAGGCAAGGCUGUGCUACAUUUAGGCUUCUGAGGGAUGAUCAUUUACCUGGUUGUUUGAUUGAUUUUAUUCACCAGGCUGCCAUUUUUGGGUUGAAUAUUUGUCUAUUUUAACAAUAGUAGGGAGUUCUUGUGACAUGGAACAUAGUAUCCGGGAGAAAAGGUAGCCCCGAAGAAAGGAAAACGGUUUGUUAAGUUUGCCAUUGUUAGCAGGAGCAGAAUCUUUUUUUAUGUGGUGUGUUUAAUUGCUUCAAGUUACCUUAUUUGAACUGCUCUCUGUUGAUUCACAGCCAUGGUGUCUGUUGCUUUGCUAAACUAAGAUAACAUGAUUAUCGGUAUUAAUUGGUUCUCUUUUGCAGUUCUUUGACCGUUAUCGUGGUAAGCGAGUUCCAGUUUAGUCCAAGUACCCGUAGGACAGGAUGAUGGCAGCUGUUGUUCAAUCUUCAAACGUUGUAAAUUUACUAGUGGAUCUGCAUUUCCCCGUGUCAAGAAUAUUAAAUCUCCAUAUUGUUUCUCAGUCGCACCUCACCCAGUACCACAACAAUUUCGGUUCUCUGAUUAGAUCACUAGAUAUACUACUAUGUUGAACGAAGGUUUUUUUUUCCCCCAUUUCCCUGCUUUAGAGUAGGCCAUUUAUACAAAAAAGGUUUUCGUGGCGCUUCCUUGGUAUAUGACCUUGAACAGUUCUCUUGGACCUUAGCUUGUAAAACUCUGCUGAAUUCUUUUAAUUCGUGUAGAUUUGUUUAGCUACUGUCAUACUAAGUAGGUAGCACAAUAGUUGUCCAUGAAACCAUAUGAGGACUUUGAACUGUAAUCCUUCCCCAGAAUUGAGUAGCACUAUUGCACAUUUGAAGUUUGCAUUUGUCUUUGGUAGCUUACAACUUAUAUAAACUCACUGAGAUGUAAUAGCAAAUUGGCAGAAUACCAACAUUAAAAUCUUAAAGCAGUCAAUCAGGAUUCCUUGCCUUGUUUCAAUUCCAUAAAUAUGUUUUAUUUUUGAAGGAUCUGAUAUCUUUGACAUUGACAAUUCACAA